AUGCAAUACUCUGCCGCUCUUGCUAUAGUCUUUGCCGCUGCACUGGCGCUUGCUGCUCCUGCCCAGUUCCAAGGCACUCCGGAUACUCAAUACAAGGAGCCAUACAAUAAUCGCAACUACAUUAACCCUGGUCAAAUCAACAACUAUAACCCUCCCGCUGCCUACUUUCCCCCGGGUGCCGCUCCUGCUCGGUUCAAUACUUACGGGCCUCCUGCUCCGCUGAAUUUACAGGCUACUCCCAGCAACUCUGAGUCGGAAGUGCCUCCGGUGCCGGUUUACGACGAGAACCAGGUCCAGCAGUACUCCGACCAAAUGAUGAUGGUUGACUAG